AUGAGCACAUCGGGACGACCCAGCGGCGUUGGCCGAGGCUCCUUCUCGGCCGGCCGCAGCUCCGAAGUUGAGCGCAUUAUCGCCGCCGCCGACGUGGACACGACGUUUGCCGGCAAGAAAGCGCGGUACCGUGGCCGCCGCUCGACGUGGCCUGGAGCUCUCGCUCUUUUCCUUAUUGCCGUCGUAUCCAUCGCUGGCCUAACAUACUUCGGUAUCAAAGUACACGACGAUGUGAACGAGACUGUGGCGAGCAAUGAGGCCUCGGAGGAAUCCCGAUACACCGACGGCACGCAGAUCGAGGACGGCAGCCCCACAGACACAGCGUCGGAUCUGGCCACCACCAACCCCAAGACAUACACGGACAGAAAAUGUGAGCAGCCCAACUACGUCAGUAAGAACGGCCGCAUCUUUGCGCAGCUGGCGGAUGGCACGUCCACGCAGAUUGACAUUAAGGGCAUCAACUGGAAGGGCAUGGAGGACGCCAAGGGUGUCCCCAAAGGACUGUGGGACAACAUGGUGGACGGAGACUCGCUCUACCGCUACGGCUACUUCCUCAAGUACAACAAGUUCAACGUCGUGCGCUUCCCUCUCUCCAUCGACGCAGUGAUGCGGAACACUGACAUCGACACGAACCUCAUCAACACCAACUCGAACCGUGCGUUGGGUACAGCCUCGCGUUACAACACGCUGCUGGGCUUACUAGUGCAAGGUUUGGGUCAGUUUAACAUUGGCGUGGUACUGGACUUCCACGUGCUGUCCUCCUCGGACGACGAUAGCUCCGGUCUCUGGUACGGCUCGUCCAUUCAGCUGGCCGAUAUCAAGACAGCCAUCUCGAAUCUGGCUGAAGCCAUGUGCGACUCAACCCACUUCAAUAUCAUCGGUAUCGACCUAAAGGAUGGACUCAGUAGAGACGCUACAUGGGGCGAUGGAUCCGAUACCGACUGGGCGGUAGCAGCAACGGAACUGGGCAACCACAUGCUUAAAGAGUGUCCCAAGUGGCUGGCAUUCGUCCAAGGAGUGCAGGGAGAGAGCCACAAGGACACGUACGGAGAUCGUUCCCUUAAGAACACGUUCCUGCCAGGCUCCGACCUGACUGGCCUCAGUACUGACCCCAUCACCCUGAAGACUAACAACAAGGUGGUGUACGCACCCAAGUACUACACGAGCUCGUAUCUCCCGCGUCUCUUCUUCUUCGAAGACGGAGCGACGAGCGGUGACCUGCUGGAAGAUUACGUCGAGUAUUCGGACGCCGACUUGCUGGCCAAUGUGAAGACCAACAUGAACUACUCGUUCGGUGCAGCGUUUGAUACUGGUAUGGCAGUGGUAUUGUCGUCGUUCGGCGGUCUUGUGGGCGACCUCGACGCUACAGCCAAGCAGACAAGUACGCGAGUUAUUAAGGACGUGAUAUCGAUGAUGGCAGGAUCAACGGAGCCAUUCCUCGCCGGUGGCUUCUGGUGGACACUCAACCCGGACACGACGUGGCCAUACCCGGCUCCUGAUGACACUAAUGCCACUGCACAAGGUCUGGUGGACGACACGUGGCGUGUCGCCAACAUGGACGUGCUGGAAGUGCUGGCCUCGAUGAACAAGACCAUGGGCAGCGUAAAGUUCAUCCCGUGCUCUACUUAA